ACACGCACUCCGCUGUGCGCUCUGUACUAGUUGCGGGAGAGGAGACGCGAAGAAGUACCUCAUUACAUCCUGAGCACCAGCUGCUGCUGUGAGGGGAAAUAUUCACCUGUGACGAACUCACAAGGAUUUUAAAAAUUCAUUUCAGCCCAGAGAAAGGGGAGUCUCUCCAGACGACUGCCAUCUAAUUAAAAGUUUUAUUUUUUAUUUGACCAAGACUUUACAUCGACAUUAAGUAUUUUCCAAAGGUGUUGCGGUUGUUUUGAAUUUAUUCCGGAGAGACUGUGCGCUUCUACAGAGGAUCGUAAUGGCGAGGCAUGACGCCCGAAAUGUGCCCGCAAAAAUGAUCGGGCUGCUCUUCUUUGCGGCGUCGAUACUCCCCCGACACGGGACAUCGGGUCAGCGGGUGAAGGUGGAACCAGAACUAGCUUCAUAUCCCGGCCAGACGGUCAACCUACGCUGCGCCUUCCCGGACCCGACAGGGAUUCAGCUAACAAUGGUCACUUGGAUAUACGAGCCAAAGGAUGGAGAGAGGAUGAACAUAGCUGUGUUCCACCCUAACUUUGGCCCCAACUACCCUGAAUCCCAGAUGAAGGGCAGAGUCACCUUCAAACCCAGUCCACCAGAGCUGUCCAGCCCUUCCAUCGAGAUCAGUAACGUCAGGAUGACAGACGAGGGUCGGUACGUCUGCGAAUACGCAACGUAUCCUGACGGCAACGAGCAGGGCAUCACUCAGCUGGUCAUGUUGGCCAAGCCCUUGAACUCCGCCACCGCCGUAACGGUGAACGCCGGUACUCAGCCGGUCGUGGUGGCCCGCUGCGAGUCCAAAGAUGGCCGCCCGGCAGCAAAGAUCCAAUGGUUGACCACAGCCAAAGGCAACUGGACAGAAACAUCUCAGACGGGCACCGACAACACGGUGACGGUGACGAGCGAGUACCGCCUGGCGCCGACGGCCAUGGACAACGCGAAGGACCUCACCUGUCUGGUGACACACAGGACCCAGCUCAAAGACGAGAGCCUCCCACUGAAGCUAGCCAUUCAGUACCCCCCUGUGGUUGAAAUUGAGGGAUAUGACAACAAUUGGUACGUGGGCCGUACGAACGUGGGGCUCCUCUGCAAGGCUAACGCAAACCCCAUUCCUCUCUCUGUGGACUGGAAAACAAUGACAGGAGAGAUGCCAGAUACCGUGCAGAUCAAAGAAAAUGAGCUCAAGGUGUUGAAAGUGGACAGUUCUGUCAACACCACCUUCGUGUGCGAGGUCAAGAACAGCAUCGGGGCCACCAGGGAACAGGUCACAAUCAACGUCAGAGAGCCUUCAAAGACCGAAUCCAAUGCUGGUGUUGUGGCAGGGGCGGUUAUAGGCUCCCUGCUGGCCCUCCUUUUGGUCGCCGCCCUCGUUACCGUGCUCGUCACCCGUAGCCGUAGGCAGCAGCAGGGUUACCGGGCCAACGGUGGCAGCGACAUGAAGACACGCAUAUUCGGCGGCGGCAAGAAGGCGAGCAAAAACGGAACAAGCGGAGGAACGGGAAGCGGCGGCGUUGCGGGUGGUAAUAACAACGGACCCGUCUACAUCGAUCGCUCACCCAACCAGGGUCUGGGAGAGAAAAACAACCACCACCAGCCGUUCACCGUGGGCGCCCGGCCUGAGGUCGUCACCGGCACACCCACCGCCCAGGACAUCCUGCUGAGCAACGAAUUAGACGAAGCAGAGAGGAGGAAGUUUGACGAGAUGGAGGAGGACGAGAGAUACGACCACUUCGCUGGAGGAGGCUCGAUUCUGCAACUGCGCCCCCCUCCCAACCCGGACGAUAUAAUUGGAGAUUACAUGGACGAUGACAUGGAGUCCCAGCGGGAUGGCUCGGUCAUCUCCCGGACUGCAGUUUACGUAUAGAGGAAGAGGAGGAGAGCAACCAGAGGAGGAAGAUGAGAGAAAUAAAAAGCAGGCUUAAGAAUUCCUCUCGAGGAUUGUUUGGUUUUGGGUCUUGUCCCACUCCCAUUGAGGGGGGGGGAAAAAGAAAAAAAAUACCACUUUUAUUUUUGCAAAUUGAUUUUAAAUAUAUCCAAUUAUUAAUCACAGAGCAGCCCCGUAGUGAGCAGGACUGGAAGAGGGCAUGAGGAAAAGCAUUUUAAGAAGCAUCAACUGAAAAUCAAACUGAGAAAAGCGCAACAUCUCUCACCGCUUCAGCUCAUGCUCUCCCCAUUGCUCGGUUCUUGACUUUCAACUGUCAGACUAAAAGAGAAAAUACAUAGUGUGGGAGUAGGAAAAUUGAAUCAUGAUACAAGCUUGGCUAUACAGGCAUUUCACUUGCAUAUUCACUCCUAACUUCACUUAAAAAUAAAAAAUACUGUGGUUGUCAAGCAGUUCCAUGUUGCCUGCGACUCUCAGUCCUCCUGUGGGAAGCCUUUUGUUUUGGUAAUGUGUUGUGCUGUAACAUCUGGUGUGUUGGUGUGUUAAAAAAAAAAAGACAGAAACCAUCGGUUGUAUUAGAGAUGUGAAUGAUGUAUUUGCUCGUGCUCACUCUGCUCUCUCUGCCUUACUCUGACAACUCUAAACACGUAGCUCUGCAGAUCAUCAGCAACACUGGACUCUUAAGGUUUGAAGAGAAGCUUUCGGUUUAUUAUUAUUUUUAGUUCUUUACCAAUAGAAAAGUUGAGAAAGUUACCAUUUUUAGGACUUUUUAGGAAAUUUGUCAUGCAGGCUUGUUUUUCUGUGCCUGGAGGUUUGAUUCUGGAUAAAGGAAUGAAGUGCUGCUGAUGUGAUGGGGCGGAGGGAUGAAGGGAGAGAUGCAGGAGGAACAGAGAUAAGCACCUCUUCUUCCUCAUCCUCAUCUCUCCGGAUCCCUCCCAACAGGAGGAGCUUGACUGGUAAUGAGCCAUGAAGUUGCUCGUCUAGCUGGGACCAACAGAUUGCCGCUGCUUAUCGUUUAUGGAGUGGCGUUUCCUCGCUCUAUCUCUCCUCCCAUCUCUGCAACCCCUUCUCUUCCCAUUCUCUCCAGUGUUUAUGGGAAGUGUUGAUUUAUCCGGGGCGCUGUCCAGGUCACGGCCACCUAGAGCAGGGGGAGUAUUUUACCGCUCCUGAUCCAUCAGGAGCCCCACUUACUCCACUCCAAUGGAGUAAUUCACCUGGAUUGGCCACAUUCACAACCCCCUCCUUCCACACUUUAGUAAAUGGCCGGAUGUAACAGAACCUCCAUAGUGCUGCGGCAUUAGGUAAGACAGAUUUUCAAUGAGGAUCAUAUAUUACUUUCCAUUAGCGGAUGUUGGAUGUUGUGAAUUGAUUGGAGGACGUAAAAAGGUUUGGUAUUGAUGGGCAACAUGUGGUGAAAUGGCCCUUUAGGUGCAGAGCUUAUAGUCUUGGAACCGUUAAUUCUUCCUUUUUAAUGAGCUCCUUUCUAGAAAUUAGACACGAUGGCUACUGUACACUGAUGUCUUUGAGGCUCGGUGUGUGCAUCUGUAUGCAUUUGGAUAAUUGUGAUGAGAAGCUCAUUCCACUCAUGAGUUUCCCGCCCUGAUUACUGACUCCCCUUUGACCUCGUCAGAAGGACAUCCAGCAGGUGUAAUCUUGAUUGAUGCUAUUAAGGCCAGGUGGGCUUUGGACUGGCCAUAUUGAAGGAGUCUGCCAGUCAAAACCAGGUUGACCCGCCAGCCGGAUGGCUGUAACCGCCUGCUUUUCUUAUCAUGGCGCUUUUACCCUGAGGAGAAAUGCUUCAGCACAGAUCAGGCGUAGACCGGUACCAGAUUCUCACAGCAGGAUAACAGCAGAGUCACAAUAUUGGCAGAAAUUACGAUGAAAUACAAUGUUUAAAGCAAAAAAGCAAAAGUUACUCCUAUUACUGCUACAAUUUAAACUGUACUCAUUAAUUAGGGAAAGUAAAAUUCAAAAUGUAAUUUUUU